AUGAACCCAAUGUUGCGGCGCUGUACGCUGCGGCGCCUCUCAAACUGGAGAGAUCUCCAUGUUGGCACGCCGGCGGCGACUUUUGACGUGAGGAAAGUCGAAUUAACUCCACUGGAGCAGCGAAAGCUUACGUUCGACUCUCACGCCAUGAUGACAGAGCUGGCCAGUAGUGGUUUGGAAAAGCACCAGGCGGAACUAAUCGUCUCCGCCCUUGUGACUUUGGCUACAGCCAACUUGGACAUCGUCUAUAAGGACAUGGUAACCAAGUCGCAUCAGGAAAUUGCAAUGCAGCAGAUCAUGGCCCACCUAGACGCCAUCAGGAAAGACAUGGUGAUCCUGGAGAAAAGUGACUUUGCCAACCUGCGCUCCGAGAACACGAAAAUGAAGCGAGAACUGGAGCAGCUGCAGAACCGACUGAAAGAGGAGAGUCAAAAGGUUAAAGCAGAAACUAAAUUGGACAUCAACCUGGAGAGAAGCCGUGUUUCUGACAUGUUUACAGAACAAAACCGAAAACUCAUGGAGGCCAGCACAGAAUUUCAUCAAAAGAGAGCAGAACUAGAACAUGACAAUAUGGAGACCAGCAAGAAGAUGGACCUGCAGGUGGCGUCACUCAAAACAGUCCUGGAGUCACUCAAGCUGGAGACCAUACGCUACCUCGCAGCGACCGUUUUCUCCUGCCUGGCCAUUGCUCUCGGUGUUUACCGGCUGUGGAGGUGA